ACUCCGCUGUCGUUGCUGUCGUUGUACUGCACGUUGCUCUCGGGCUAUAUAUUUUCAAGGCAUACAGCGAAACCGAAAAAGACCCUAAACCGGUUAAAAAAGAUUAAAACCAUUAUCACUACUGUUUCAUAUCACACUCAAAAUGGACAACCUCUACACAAAAGGAGAACUGUUACAAGUUCACACAAAAAACUACGACGUCUUUGAAGGUAGAUUCUAUAGUAUGGCCCAAGAUAAGACCAAAAUAUCACUAUAUGAUGUCAAGGAAAUUCCACAUGGUGAUGCUAAUGAUGGAGUCCUUCAUUACUAUGAUUCUGAAAUAAGAGAAGUGGUGAAACUCCAGGAGUCUACUGAAAAGAAAGUUCUCAAAAUAUCGCAAACGAAAUAUGAAGAAAUCCUCAAAAUAUCAAAAAAAUACAUUUUCAUAAACCAAGUUGAUAAAAGUUUCCAUGAAGCUGUGGAUGAUUUGAACCAGCAAGAUUUUAUUGCUGUUAGCGGUGAUGGUGCAAAUAUGGGGAGAAAAUGCAAGAUGCCAUUUCUUGUUUUGUCCACUGACCACCAGAUCUAUAUCUUUGACAUCCAGGUGAUGCAAUAUCAUGCAUUUGAAUCAGGCUUAAAAAAAAUUUUGGAUGGUGAUUCUCCAAAAAAGAUUGCACAUGAUUGUAGAAAAUUGUCUGAUUGUCUAUAUCAUAAACACAAUGUUAAGCUGAAAUCAGUUUUUGAUACUCAGGUUGGUGAUUUAAUAAUCACUAAGAAUAAGAAGGUCACUUUACCAAACAAAGUGAGAUCUCUGGGAGAAUGUUUGACCAAUUACCUGGGUCUACAACAAAACACCAUUGACGAAAAGCUUGAUAUUGUUCAAAGUACAGAAAGGCCACUUUCAGUGAAGAUCAAGGAUAGUCUGGCAAGGAAUAUUGCAUUUUUACACCAUCUGUCUGAAGUUAUUAAUGAAGAAAUGCAGUUACCGUUUUACAGAGGUGUUGAAUGCUAUAUUGAAAACAUUCGUUCUUCAGACGAUUUUAAAGCCUGGGAACUAUGUGGAAAAUUAAAUCAAAUACCAAAGGAGUUUAGAAACGCUAUUGACUAUUAAGAAAUAACAUUCCACUAAUGUUAGAUUUGAUGUUUUUGCUCUCCAAAAUGAAAACUUGUGGGAUUUGGCUUUUGAAUUUGAUAUGACAUACAGUAUUACAAAAUGUCCAUUUAAACUAGGCAAUAAGUGAUGUGCAAUAAUAUAGAAGUUAGUACUCAGUAAAAUGCUUUAUUUUUCGUUGAAAAUUAUUUGAAAGCAUUAAAUGGCACAAAGUAUAGCUUCUUUCAAUGUAU